AUGUACGAAUUCGACGAGAUGUCUCAGAUCACCGAAAGUUUAUACCUUUCCGGCGUUGGCGGGCUGACCGCGGAAAAUAUCGAGAAGAACGAGAUCUCGCACAUUGUGAAUUGUACGAAGGAACUGCUCGCCCACGACAUUCCCGGUGUGACCGAGACGCGGUUCCCGCUCUUCGACCUGCCGACCGAGGACAUAAAGAAGUUCUUCCAUUCUGCGGCGGACCUCCUGAAUCAGAAGAUAAAGUCAGGCGGUAAGGUCGUCGUGCAUUGCUUCGCAGGAAAGUCGCGAAGCACUUCGAUAGUCCUCGCCUACCUCAUGAAGCAUCGGGGCAUGAGCUUGCGCGAAGCUUUCCUCUACGUUCGCGAUCGGCGUUCGAUCGCAGAACCGAAUCUCGGUUUUUUCCGGCAGUUGAUCGAGUUCGAAGGCGAAAUCCACGCUUCGCCCGAGCCCUCAGUGAAAAUGGUGAAACUAAGUGAACACGUUUCGAUUCCGGACGUUCUUGAUGAAGUCCAAGGGCUGUCGACGCUUCAUCCAAUAAUCACGAAGCGAAUCGGCUCCGACUCGACAGGAUAGAUUACGCCCCGGAAGUCGGUGAGCUCCUCGUUCGCAGUCAGAUUUCAUCAAGGUUUGCCCCGCUCGUGAGAGAGGGGUUCGUAAAGCGUCACCAAAGGACGAAUAAACCCGUAGCCGAUGCUCUAUUAA